AUGAACAAGGCUCAGGCUAUUUUCGAGACGUUGAGGAAUCAGACCGUCAAGCCUAAAGCACCUAAGGUGGUCCCUAAGGAGACUAACUCUACCAAUGAUGCAUCGGGUGCCGCUAACGCUACUGAGACACCUGGCGUUGAUAACAGCACGGACACUAACUCGACCAAGACUGGCACCGCUCCUGCUGCUGCUGAUGGUGAUGAGGCUGAGCAGCAACCCACUUGGAAGAUGGUGAAGUCGAAGGCAUUUGUCACCCUCUCCCAGAAGGUAGUGGAACAGGGGUAUCCGAGGCCGAUGGAUGAGGAGGAGAUCAGCAGGGCGAUUCGAAGAAGUAUUGAAGUUGAUGUUACUGGGAAAGCCCUGGACAAGCGUGACCAGCGGGUGAAGGACACUGAGUCGGCUCGGAAUGACUUUGAGGCCUACAUAUACUCCAGCAGAGAGCGUCUGGGAGGGGACGAUGAGAUGGUGAAUAAGGUCACCACUGAGGACAUGAGGACGGGCAUCAUGAAGACUCUAUCGGAGUCGGAGGACUGGCUUUAUGAGGAUGGCUUCGAUGCUCAGCUGGAGGAAUACACGAAGCGGCUGGACAGUCUGAAGAAGGCUGUGAUGCCGAUACUCUUCCGUGCUGAUGAGGUCGAGUUACGUGCUGACCUGCCGGAAUGGGUGUCGAGGAAGGUGGAGGGUAUCAGAAAAGUGUUGGAGAAUGUAUCGACUAAUCGUACAUGGGUGGCCAACGAGACGGUUUUGAAGGUCAGCAAUGAUACUGAUGAAUUUGAGGUGUGGUUUAAGGAACUGCAAAAGAAGCACGAUGCAACAGCACUAACGGAGGAGCCGAUCUUCAAG